AUGACUCCGCUUGAUAUGGCGAGUCGCUCGGGGCCCGCCAUGACGACUCUUGCGCGACGUGCGGCCCGAGCCACCUCCGCUUCCGGAGCCCUACCGGCUGCGUUUUCCGCCUCGCCAGCCCUCGCUGCUCGACGACGGCUCUUCUCCAGCGCCCACUCCCUUCCGCCUGCCUACGAGAAGCUCUCUGCCAAGUACGCCCAGGUGCGCAAAGUUCUCGGCUCCCAGCGCCUCACCCUCGCCGAGAAGAUCCUCUACAGCCACCUCGACAAUGUCGACGAGUCCCUCCUGUCCAACACGUCCGACGGCCGCGACAUUCGCGGCAAGGCCAACCUGCGCCUCAAGCCGGACCGCGUCAACAUGCAGGACGCCUCUGCCCAGAUGGCUCUCCUGCAGUUCAUGUCGUGCAAUCUCGAGCGGCCCGCCAUCCCCGCCAGCAUCCACUGCGACCACCUGAUUGUGGGAUCCAGGGGAGCCGACAACGACCUCGAGGCGGGCAUUGCCGCAAACAAGGAGGUGUUUGACUUUCUGGAGUCAGCCGCCAAAAAGUACGGCAUGGACUUUUGGCCCCCCGGCGCCGGAAUCAUCCACCAGACCGUGCUGGAGAACUACGCCUUGCCCGGGUUGAUGAUGCUCGGUACGGACAGCCAUUCGCCCAACGCCGGUGGGCUGUGCACCGUCACCAUCGGCGUGGGCGGCGCCGACGCCGUCGAGGCUUUGGUCGGGGCCCCGUGGGAGCUCAAGGCCCCCAAGGUUCUGGGCGUCGAGCUGACCGGCAGCCUGAGCGGCUGGGCCUCCCCCAAGGACGUCAUCCUGCGCCUGGCUGGCGAGCUGACGGUCCGCGGAGGAACCGGCUACGUGGUCGAGUACUUUGGCCCGGGCGUCGAAACCCUCAGCCUCACCGGCAUGUCCACGAUUUGCAACAUGGGCGCCGAGGUUGGCGCCACCACGAGCAUCUUCCCCUACACCGAGGCCUCGGCGCGCUACCUGCAGGCCACUCGUCGCGCGCAGGCCGUCGCCGACGUCGAGGCGCUGCAGAGCUUCCCAGGCGGCGGGGCGUCGUCGUCGUCGUCGUCGUCGUCGGGGCCCAACGACGCGCGCCUCGAGCUCAAGGCCGACGCCGGCGCCGAGUACGACCGCGUCAUCCGCAUCAACCUCUCGGAGCUGGAGCCGCACAUCAACGGACCCUUCACGCCGGACCUGGCCACCCCGCUGAGCCGGUUCAAGAGCGCCGUCAGGGACCAGCAGUGGCCCGAGAAGCUGUCGGCCGGCCUGAUCGGCAGCUGCACCAACAGCUCCUACGAGGACAUGACUCGCGUCGAGUCCCUCGUCAAGGAGGCGGCCGAGGCCGGCCUCAAGCCCGUCGCCGACUUCUACAUCACGCCCGGCAGCGAGCAGAUCCGCGCCACGCUGGAGCGCGACGGCACCCUGCGGACGCUGCAGCAGGCCGGCGGCAUCCUGCUCUCCAACGCCUGCGGACCCUGCAUCGGCCAGUGGCGGCGGCAGGACGGCGUCGACAAGGGCACCCCCAACGCCAUACUCUCCUCGUACAACCGCAACUUCCGCGGCCGCAACGACGGCAACCCCGAGACCAUGAACUUCCUCGCCUCGCCCGAGAUCGUCACGGCCAUGGCCUACGCCGGCUCGUGCGCCUUCAACCCCGUCACCGACGCCCUCAAGACCCCCUCGGGCGACGACUUCCGGUUCUCCCCGCCGCGCGGCCUCGAGGGGCCCCCGGCGCCCUUCGAGCCCGGCGUCCCCUCGCUCGGCGUGGCGUCCCGGCCCGCCGACCCGUCGGUGCGCGUCGCCAUCUCGCCGUCCUCGGAGCGCCUCGCCCCGCUCGAGCCCUUUGCCCCGUUCCCCGCGGCCGACCUCGCCGGGCUGCGCGUCCUCGUCAAGGUCGCCGGCAAGUGCACCACCGACACCAUCUCCGCCGCCGGCCCCUGGCUCAAGUACAAGGGCCACCUGCCCAACAUCUCCCGCAACACGCUCAACACGGCCGUCAACGCCCAGACGGGCGAGGUCAACGCCGCCUACGACCUCGACGGCUCCCGGCACACCAUCCCCGAGCUCGCCCAGCGCUGGAAGGCCCGCGGCCAGGAGUGGCUCGUCGUCGCCGAGCACAACUACGGCGAGGGCUCCGCGCGCGAGCACGCCGCCCUGCAGCCGCGCCACCUCGGCGCCCGCGUCGUCCUCGCCAAGUCCUUUGCCCGCAUCCACGAGACCAACCUCAAGAAGCAGGGCGUCGUGCCCCUGACCUUUGCCGACGAGUCCGACUACGACGCCAUCGCCGCCGGCGACCAGGUCCGCACCAUCGGCCUGCACGACAUGCUGCGCAACCAGGGCAACGGCGCCGUCCACCUCAAGGUGACCAAGUCGACGGGCCAGGAGAUUGUCAUUGCCACAAGCCAUGCCGUCACCAAGGACCAGGCGGGCUUCAUCCUGGCCGGCAGCGCUCUCAACCUGUUAUCCAAGCGCGUCUAA